AUGAUCAACCGGGUGCCAGAUGGAUCCAAGAUCGUUUCGCCCAAGGAGGAGUGUCCGCUACUGUUCAAUAGCUUGGCACUUCUCCGUGUAUGCUACAUCAGGGCAUUCACCGACGCCAACAGUAUUGACAAGAAUAUUCUCGUUCGACACGAUUCAAGCGACAUACUGGAGACGGUUCGACGUUAUACUGAACGGGCAAGUCCACGCAGCGAGCUGCUUACGAGAGUAGUUUCUCGCACGCUGGAGGCCUUCGAGGUUCCGAUUAGAGGCGGCGCCCUGCUGAUACAGAAGACGGCAGCCUUGACUUGGAGCAUCGAGCACGCCAUUGCGGGCUGGGACGUUGGACUAUGUGUAACGAAAUGGAUCUUCGAAAUCGAAUUGGCGCAGGCCCGGAACUUCGAUACGGCUGCCGAUGAGCUAGAGAACGUGACUCGAGCAGGUCAUAUCCUUCCAGCCGCAGGUAUCAAGUUCGUGCCUGGAGAGCAAUGUCUUGCAGCCGAGUUAGCAAGGUAUUGGGCAGCCUUCUAUGACGAUACGUGGGUUUGGGGACUCACAGCUAGAAUGGGCUGGGUGCUCAGACAGCUCGCCGACACAUUGGAGAAGCGCCUCCAGGAUGUUCGCUCCUCAGGAAAUGACUCCGUUUAG